AUGUCAUCUAAACAGAGUUUUAACAACCAUACGCUUGUCAAUUUCGACAAACUCUUGCUUGGUGAUUCAAGUGAAAUAAAUCAUUUGCAAAAUGAAUUUGAGUCUCAUGGUUGGUGUUUUAUUCGAUUACCUAACAAACAUGGUGAACUAACAAAUAAACUCAACGAAAUACAAACAAUUCUCUCAGCGUUUUUUGCUCGAAGUCAAUAUGAAAAAUCCCAAUAUGAAUCAUUCAAUGCCUUUGGCUAUUCACAUGUCGGUCACAAAGAAGGUAUUAAAGUUUUAAUUGAUCAAAAUGGUCUUAAGAAUUUCCAUCAUCGUUUAUCGAAUGACGUAGAACAAGCGUUACAAUAUCUAGCAAUAUCAAUUUAUAAUUUGACCAAUGUUUUAAAAAAUGUCAUGUUCAAGAUGCCCGUAUUUACACAAAAUCCGAAUGAUAACAUGGUAGAAUUAUCUCCGUUUGGUAUGCUUGAUAUUGUAAAUUAUUUUAAUAAAAAACCUGCACCUAAAAAACAGCCUAAAGUUGGUCUAAAUACAGAUGAAGUUAAUUGUGUUCCACAUUUCGAUCCAGGUCUUUUUUCAUUAAGUAUUCUAUCGACAUGUGAAGGUCUUCAAUUGCAUGAUCAAUUACAAGAUAAAUGGAUUGAUGGACCGAACAAUUCUGAACUUGAUCAACAUUCUAUUGGCGUUAUAUGGUUAGGUGAAGCAGCAAGUAUUCUGACCAAAAAUCGUUUUAAAUCAGGUAUUCAUCGCGUUGUCUAUCCAGAUGUAAUCCAUAAGUCACGUCUUACUAUUUGGCAAGAAAUUUGUACUAAAGCUCAAAUUGAUCCAUUAAUUUCAAAGAAGGACAAUUCGAUUUUUAUACCGAAUAAUACUAAUAUUCGAAUGAUCAAUCAGCCGAAUUCAGUACCACUUCGUAUUCGAUCUGGUGGUGAGAAUUUAAAUAAUUUUAUGAGACGAGUUGAAAAUGAUCGUGGCCUAUCGAUAAGUAAAGUUGCUCCUCAUCAUUUCAAAAUGAUCUCUAAUAGUAAUGAUAAUAAUGAUGAUAGUGAUGAUGAUAAUGAUGAUCAAUAUACUCAACAACAAAAAAAUACUAAUUUUUUGCCUGGUGGUGCCUCCGUUACAAUGAAAAAUCAACCGAAUUCUUUACCAUUUCAAAUACAAUCGGGAGGUGAAACAAUGAAUAAUUUUAUAAGACGAGUCGAAAAUGAACGUGGUUUAUCAAUAAGUAAAUCUGGUAUUGAACAUAUUGAAAUCAAACCUCCCGUUAAAAAAAAAACAAUAUCAGAUCAGCGAAACAGAAAAAGAUCUUUAUUCUCGAAAUUGUUUAAAUGA